CAUCAAACUCGAUAGCCCCCAAAAACGUUCCCUUUUAAUUGCUCCCGCUAAGAACCCCAAACUCCAGCAUCUCUGUUUGUCUCUUUCUCUUUCUUAGAUUGCUGCUGUCUUAGUCUCGUCUUUUUCUCCCAGAAAUUUUUGCCUCGUGUAUAUCUCCACCCUAUCUCUAUAUCUUCAAAACUUAUAUACAUCAACCAAUUGAUCAUCCACCUUAUUUUCGUUGAUCUAUUUUCCCAUACCUUAUUACAAAUCGUAUUCUGAAAUCUCAGAUUUUGUGAAAUAUUAUUAGAUUUGUAGCUUUUGUUUUUUUACCGAAUUCGAAGUUUGUGGUAUUUUGUAGUCUGUAGUUGAGAGUUCUAGCAGAUAUAGAUUAUAAAGAUUAGUGAUGGCGUCUGCAUCCAUGAACAAGAUCGAAAGAGCUCAUCAGAUGUACAGGGAAGGUGGAUAUGAGGAAGCGCUGGGGUUUUAUACGGAAGCGCUUGCGAUUGCCAAGACCAAUCCCCAGAAGAUCGCACUCCACAGCAAUAGAGCCGCAUGUUUCCUCAAACUUCACGAUUUCAAGAAGGCAGCAGAAGAGUGUACCUCGGUGCUUGAGCUUGAUCACAAGCACACUGGAGCGCUAAUGUUGCGGGCUCAAACUCUAGUCACCCUCAAGGAGUAUAACUCAGCACUUUUUGAUGUCAACAGGCUUAUUGAGUUGAAUCCAUCAUCGGAAGUGUAUCGAAAUCUUCAAGCCCGUUUGAAGACACAAUUGUCACUUGCUCCAAUACCUGAAGCUGAGGCCGAGUUAGAAGAAGAUGAUGAAAAAACAGAUGAAGCAGUAGUAACAGAAGAUGAGGAAAAAAUAGAUGAAGCAAUGGUAACAAAAAUUGAGGAAGAAGAACACGAAGAAAAAGAAGUGGAGGAUGAAGGAGAAGGCAGUAGAGAUAUGGCAGAUGUAGUAGGAAGAGAUCAAAAGGCUGAGCUUGAAACGACCAUUUCUAAGACUGAUGACACUAGUUCUCAAACUCAAAGCAUCAAGGAAUUAUAUGAACCUCAUUCCUCAGGAUGGCAGGCGAUCCCAAAACCGAAAGGGCACUCGCACCUUGACUACUCGCGGUGGGACAGAGUCGAAGAUGAUUCUAGUGAUGAUGAUGAUGAUGAUGAAGACGACGAUGAGUCUCAGCCUCAGUACCGGUUCCGUGUGAAAACUGUGGGUGUACGACCUGUUAAGGGAAAUGGCAGGAUCACAUGAUGCAGUCAUAUAGAUUGACUCUUCUAUAUGUCAAUUUGCUUCAUUGAUGAAGAAGGCUGUGUGACAUUUUAAAAUCAGCAUUGUAUGUGGAAAGCUCUGGUGGGUUCAGUCCCUGUAGUUAUUAUUGAAACUUGGAGCUGUAACGUGUGGGAAACCAGCUUCCCUGUGCUCUGAGUUCGAAAUCGGUAAGUAGCCCAACAUUUGAACUGAUCUGACCGGAGAAUUGGUAUUUAAAAGAUCUCUGUCUCGGGCUAAGUUGGUGUGAGGGAUCUCUGCCUCAGGUUAAAUUGAUGGGUGAUGUCCUGUUUUUAACCAAUUCACUUUCUUCAUGCUGCCAAACUUGUGGAGGAACUGCCUACUAACAGCCGAGCCUGGAGUGGUUCUAUUUAUGUAUUUGUUAUCUGGAGAUUUGCUUUGCAUGCCAAUCAUAGUACAAGGUCUCAAAUUCUUUUAAUGAUCUCCCCUGAUUGCUGAGGGGAAAUAAAAAAAAAAAAAAUCUGGUUUUUUUGCUUCCAAAGGGGAGGAUGCCCUUGUAAUUUUUACCAUUGGGGGAUACUUGUACAUCGGGGGUUAAAGUUGAAUCCAUGAGCUCUGUUAUGAGAUAAAUGUUUGUAAUUACUUGAAUUUAUAGUAUUUUACGUUGUGUUACGAGAAGAAGGUGAAGAAAAAGGUGACAUGGAAUGGAACCAAUUCUUCUAAAAAAGAAAUACAAAUGUGGCAUACUUGCUGCA